UUGCAUGCGAAAAGAACAUGAAUUCAUGUGCACCGUAAAUUGCAUAGUAAAUUCGCCUCUGCUAGUAUAUAAAUAAGCCUUCUCAUGCUGCUAUGAAAUCGCACUGAGUCAUUCCUUGUCUCCAAGCCCCUUUCAGAAAACACUAGCACUUUUUUCCUAUUAUGGCAAGCAACAUGAAUACUAACCCAGUAACCCAUCAUGAAAUGGUUCCCAACAACAUGAAUACUAAGGUCAAUAAUCCAGUUAUGAGUCAUGAUAACAUUGAGCAUCACAUCAACCCUCUGAAUACCAGGAUCAUCAAUCCAGUAGUACCAAAACCGCUUGCAGCCAGUCAUCGAAGGGGUGGUGAUCAUCAUCAGGUGUUCUUAAAAUCAGAUGAUAAUGCAAUGAUAAAGCACAUUGAGGACACUCAUUCUCCAGAUGGCCGUGACCUUAAUGUCAAACCUCUUCUUCAUAUUAUUGAGGAUAUCAUGCUUCGUGCUGCUCCUGCCUUUCCUGCCCAUCUUCAUGGAGGUCAAGCUCAAGCACACGCACAUCUAGAAGGAUUGGAACAUAAAGUCCCCCACGCUGGUCUUACUGAAGUACUUGGCUAUUUGGCAUAUCCUAUUCAUGCUAUCUCAACUGAGUUGAUAUCCAAAUGUUCCAAUAAAGAAGAUGUACACACAACAACAAUGGCAUUGCUUCAUUCACUGGCAAAUUACUCAUGGGAUGUAAAGGUGGUAAUAACCUUUGCAGCCUUCGCCAAGCAAUAUGGUGAAUUCGGGCUACUUAUUCAUCAAUGCACAACAGAUCCACUAGCCAAAUCAGUGUCAAUUCUGAAAGAACUUCCAGAAAUUAUGGAGCGGACCGAUGUUCUUAAGCCAAAGUUUGAUGCAAUAACCGAUCUGAUUAACAAUAUGUUGGAUGUCACGAAAUGCAUUAUUGAAUUCAAGGACAUUCGAUUGACGUCUAAGUAUGCUGAAGAACUGGACAUGGUGAUUAAUAAAGCCCAUAUCUCCACUGCUGCUUACUGGACUAUGAGGAGCGCUGUCAUGUGUGCUGCACUGCUUUUGAAUCUUAUUGCCACUGGCCACGAGUAUAUCUCCUCUACAUCCGAGGCUUGGGAGAUAUCUAGUUUGGCCCACAAGCUUGCUAAUAUAAUGGACCACUUGAGAAAGGUUCUUGACCUUUGUUACCAAAAAAUUGAGGAAAAGAGGCAACAAGAUGCAUUUGAAGCAUUAGUUCGACUUCUCAAGACACCCCACAUCGAUAACAUGAAGACAUUUUCAGCCUUGAUUUAUUCUAAGGAUGACCAGCUGCCUCUGUUUCAUGGAACUCAGAAGAGAAGGGUAGGACUCGAUGUCCUAAGAAGGAAACAUGUGCUACUUCUGCUGUCGGACCUUGAUAUCGCCACACAGGAGUUCUUUAUACUUCAUCAUAUGUAUGAGGAGUCUAAAGCACAACCAAAUAGGACUGAGAGCCAGUAUGAGGUUGUUUGGUUGCCAGUUUUUGACAAAAACUUAAGCCCAUGGACUGAAGCUAAGCAAAUAAAAUUUGAAGAAGUCCAAUCUUCCAUGCCAUGGUACUCAGUAGCUCACCCUUCUAUGAUUGAUCCUGCAGUCAUCAGGUACAUCAAAGAGAUAUGGGGGUUUAACAAAAAACCUCAGCUUGUUGUUUUGGAUCCUCAAGGGAAAGAAACAAACAACAAUGCUUACCAUAUGUUGUGGAUUUGGGGAAAUUUGUCUUUUCCCUUCACCAAAUCCAGGGAAGAAGCACUCUGGAGGGAACAGACCUGGAACAUUGAAUUACUAGCAGACUCCAUUGAUCAAAACAUAUUCACUUGGAUUGGGGAAGGGAAAUAUAUAUGUUUAUAUGGAGGAGAAGACAUGGAAUGGAUCCGAUCAUUUACGACCAUGGCAAGAGCAGUGGCAAAUGCAGCUCGUAUUCCACUAGAAAUGUUGUACAUCGGAAAAAGAAACCCAAAAGAAAGAAUCCGAAGAAACAAUGCUGUGAUCCAUGCUGAAAAUUUAAGCCAUGUGGUGCCUGAUCAGACUCUAAUAUGGUUCUUCUGGGAAAGGCUAGAGAGCAUGUGGCGCUCUAGAACGCAACAAGACAUUGGAGAAACCGAUCCAAUUCUUCAAGAGAUCGUCUCAAUCCUGAGCUUCGAUGGUAGUAAUCAGGGAUGGGCUGUGUUUAGUCGUGGAUUGGCUGAGAUGACUAGGGGAAAAGGUGACCUGGUGGUGCAGGUGUUGAGAGACUUUGAACACUGGAAACAUGAAGUUACCGAUGGGACUGUCUUUGUUCCAGCACUGGAUCGCCAACUUCGUGCUCUUCAUAGUCCUCAUCACUGCACCCGCCUGGUGUUGCCGGGGAUUAGUGGCCAUAUCCCUGAGAGAGUUGUUUGUGCUGAAUGUGGCCGUCACAUGGAGAAGUUCAUCAUGUACACCUGCUGCAAUGAGUAAGAAUCACAUCCUAGAGGAUCACAUUCUGGAGUAAAAUUCUGUACCAGAGCCUUUGAGAAUCUUUGAUUAAGUUACCACCAACCAAGAAUAAGAUGCAAUGUACUUUUGGGACAUUGUUGUUGUUGGAUUUUCUUUGUUUGUUUUUUCCUUUUUUUUUUUUUUAAAUGAUUUCUGAAUGUGUGAUGCAAUGUAUUACAUGUUAUUACAAAUAAAUUAGUUUCAUUCUCAAUGUGAA